AUGGCGUGCACCCCCCUGCUGAGCGAAGAGGACCUAUACCGGUUCCGCACAAAGCAGUGCCUGCGGUUGGCCAAGGGGGGAUGUGAAUUCGGGCUGGACCGAUGUCAGUACAGUCAUAGCGCAAAGUGGAUCAGGAGGUGUCCGUAUUACAUCUCCCUGCCGUCCUACCUGAGGUACAUCCCUGUGUCAUGCCCCUUUUUUAUGAAAAAGGGAAAACAGACUGACCAGGAUGAAGAAGAGCGAAACACCAUUUUCAGAAACUCCCUAUUCCUCACAAACAAGGAUGGAAGUGUGAACAAUAAUUUUUACAAAUAUAUUGAGGAGAAAAAUCAGAGCAAGUGUCCACUAGGGGUUGAAUGUCCACUGGCACACAGUAAGGAAGAAAUAGAUUACCACCCUCUGCUUUAUAAAACGAAAAGGUGUGAAGAUUAUAUGCAGGCCAACUGUAAUAGGUACUACUGUCCUAAUUUACAUGGCUUAGCAGAACAGAGAAAAAUAAAGGAGUACUUCAUCCCCUUCUGCAGCAAAAUAGACAUCCCCUCUUAUCCUAACGUUACCGUAGUGAGUAAAAUUCAAUAUGGUUCGUUUAAGGGACAGAAUCAGGGGAGGAGUUCUGCCAAGGAGACUACCUCCGCACAGCAAGGGUGUAACUCCUCUUCGUUGUUUUUUAACUACCAACAUGGGAAAAAUAAUAAUUCCCAUAGGGGUGGAAACAGAAGUGUCGACGUGAAGUAUAACUCGGUUAGAAUCCCCAACCGUGAGAAGAAACUACUCUCGUUGCAGGAUGGCCCCACUCAUGACAGAAGACGGAGCACCUACUGCUAUGACCACCAGUUUAAUACCUACGAGAAUACCUUAACAGGAAAAAAAAAAAAAAAUUCAAUUUUCUCCUACCUCAAUAAUUAUGACUAUAAGUACACCUUAUAUUUAAACAUUUUGAAAAAGUUUAUGCACCUUUUCAACUUGGACAUUUCGGACAUGGACUCGGGGGUGCAUCUGCCGGACCGUUUGGCUAGCCACGUGGAGGACUCUUUAUGGGGGAUCGACCCUGUCAAGAAAACACCCUCCGAUGUGAGCCUCUCUGACCAGAACGCUACCCCCAUUUGGAGCAGCACCUUAGGGAUCCCUCCCAAAGAGGACAGUCAGACGCAGUUCCCAACGGAGAACAUCUUCCUGAACAAAAAAUAUUCUCACAUUCUAGAUCAUAUAAUUAACAAAAAUUUGGAACUUACGAAAAAUAAAAUUAGAGAAAGGAACCACUCCGCCAAGAGUAGCUACACGGACAUAGACGACAACCUGCAGAAGACCACCUCCAACGAUAGCAGCAAUGUUUGCGGAUCCUUCACUGAACAUUUGGACAGACAGAUCAUGACCCCCGCGGAAGACGACAACCAAACAUAUGAAAGCUUUUUAAAUUUACUCACCCAUGUCCUGUGUUUGCUUUACUUCACGACCGACUCCAGGGCGCACUCAUCCUUCGAUCUGUACACGCAAGAGCUAGCCAACCGGAUUCACUGUGAGAGUAAAAAAAUGAGGGACAUCAGCAUGGAGAAAUACCUGGCCAGUACCGUGAAGGAACUGAUUUAG